CGCUCGUGCAGCUCUGCCGAUUGCUGCUCCAGGCCCCGCCGAGGAGCUUUGUUGAGGUUGCGAUCGGGGUGUGGAGUGCAGGAGAACUGUGGGAGGAGAAAUCUGGUUGUUAAUUUUGUUGCACCGGUGAAGCUACGCGUGCCGAGGGUUUUGUCUUUAGUUUGAGACCUGGGAAUGGUUUUUAAGAGUAGUGUGUGCUGGAGGGUGUAGGGAUUUGUUGCAUUUUCUGUUGUGUUAGGUCUUCUGCUUGUGGGAGAGGGCGAUAGGCGUGAGGAGUGACUGGAUCUGGCACAAUGUUGACCAAGUUCGAGACGAAGAGUAACAGGGUGAAGGGGCUGAGCUUUCACUCGCGGCGGCCAUGGAUUCUCGCCAGCUUGCACAGCGGCAUUAUUCAGCUGUGGGACUACCGGAUGGGCACGCUCAUCGAUAGGUUCGAUGAGCACGAUGGUCCUGUGAGGGGCGUCGAUUUUCACAAGUCGCAGCCUCUGUUUGUUUCUGGAGGGGAUGAUUAUAAGAUCAAGGUAUGGAACUACAAGAUGCGACGCUGCUUGUUCACUUUGCUGGGUCACCUCGAUUACAUCCGGACGGUCAAAUUCCAUCAUGAAAGUCCGUGGAUUGUGAGUGCUAGUGAUGAUCAGACCAUCCGCAUUUGGAACUGGCAAUCUCGCACAUGCAUUUCUGUGCUUACGGGACACAACCAUUACGUAAUGUGCGCAUCAUUCCAUAUUAAGGAGGAUUUAGUGGUAUCUGCAUCAUUGGAUCAGACUGUACGAGUUUGGGAUAUUGGAGCAUUGAAGAAGAAGUCUGUGUCUCCAGCCGACGAUAUGAUGCGACUUGCGCAGAUGAAUACUGAUCUUUUUGGAGGAGGUGAUUCUGUAGUGAAGUAUGUUCUAGAAGGCCACGACAGGGGUGUCAAUUGGGCAUCAUUCCAUCCCUCUUUGCCGCUGAUUGUGUCUGGAGCAGAUGAUCGUCAAGUGAAGCUGUGGAGAAUGAAUGAUACUAAGGCAUGGGAGGUGGACACUUUGCGGGGUCAUGUGAACAACGUCUCUUGUGUCCUGUUUCACGCACGUCAAGAUGUCAUUGUAUCGAACUCCGAGGACAAGAGCAUCCGUGUGUGGGAUAUGUCGAAGCGCACUGGUGUACAGACCUUUCGAAGAGAGCACGAUCGGUUCUGGAUUCUUUCUGUCCAUCCUGAGAUGAACCUUCUUGCAGCUGGUCAUGAUAGUGGAAUGAUUGUCUUCAAGCUGGAGAGAGAGAGGCCUGCUUGUGCUGUCCAAGGGGGCACGUUGUACUAUGUGAAGGAGCGUUCUUUACGCACUUAUGAUUUUACUUCUGGAAAGGACAACCCUCUUAUUUCCAUUCGUCGAGCAGGAUCCAUGGGGCUAAAUCAGGGUCCGCGGACUCUGUCAUACAACCCAGCAGAGAAUGCAGUUUUAUUAUGUUCAGAUGUCGAUGGUGGUUCAUAUGAGCUGUACAUCGUUCCUAAGGAGAGCAACGGCAGGAGUGAGGUAGCUCAGGAGGCAAAGCGUGGGUUAGGUUCAUCUGCAAUCUUUGUAGCACGAAACAGAUUUGCUGUCCUGGAAAAAAACCAAAACCAGAUUGUCAUCAAGAAUCUGAAAAAUGAAGUGACCAAGAAAGUCACACUGCCAUCCCUUAACACAGAUUUGAUCUUUUAUGCUGGAACUGGAAACUUACUUUGUAGGACAGAGGACAAAAUCGUGCUCUUUGAUCUGCAGCAACGUGCCACACUGGGGGAGGUCAGCACUCCCUUUGUGAAGUAUGUGGUGUGGUCAAACGAUAUGGAGAAUGUGGCAUUGCUAAGCAAGCAUGCCGUAGUAGUGGCCAACAAGAAGCUCGUGCACAAGUGCACCGUUCAUGAGACCAUCCGUGUGAAGAGUGGCGCAUGGGAUGAUUCUGGUGUGUUCAUAUACACUACCCUCAACCACAUCAAGUAUUGCUUACCAAAUGGAGACAGCGGAAUUAUUAGAACGCUAGAUGUACCAGUGUAUAUCACCAAAGUCAGCGGAAAUUCCAUCUACUGUUUGGACCGGGAUGGCAAGAACCGGGUUAUUCAAAUCGACGCAACUGAGUAUACAUUCAAGCUAGCACUCAUCCAGCGCAAGUUUGACCAGGUGUUGCACAUUGUUCAAAGCUUACAGCUUUGUGGACAGUCUAUUAUUGCAUAUCUUCAACAGAAAGGGUUUCCGGAGAUUGCCUUGCACUUUGUUAAAGAUGAACAGACUCGCUUCAAUUUGGCUGUUGAGUGCGGUAACACUGAAGUUGCAGUAGCAUCGGCGAAGGAGAUAGACGAAAAGGAUUGCUGGCAUCGCCUUGGUGUUGAGGCGUUACGACAGGGAAACCACGAGAUUGUUGAAUAUGCAUAUCAGAAGACUAAGAAUUUUGAGAGACUUUCCUUCUUGUAUCUUAUAACCGGCAAUGUGGAGAAGCUUGCAAAGAUGCUGAAGAUUGCAGAGAUGCGUGGUGAUGUUAUGGGGCGUUUCCAUAAUGCACUUUAUCUUGGCGAUGUUCAAGAAAGAGUGGCGAUUCUGGAGGAAUGUAACCAUUUGCCUUUAGCGUAUGCCACAGCUAAAGUUCAUGGGUUGACUGAAGCAGCUGAGGAAUUGGAGAGACAACUUGGUGACAAUAUUCCAUCUCUUCCCGAUGAAGAAAAAUCAGCUUUAUUAAUGCCACCAAGGCCAAUCCUUCAGGAAAACAACUGGCCAUUGUUGGUAGUUAGCAAGGGUCUCUUUGAGGGUAUUUUUACAGAAACCGUUGGAGCAGCUGAUACGGAUGGUGAUGACGGAGCUGCAGGAGCUUGGGGAGCAGAAAUAGAUAUUGUUGAGCCAGAGGGCCUCGACGGAGAGACAGUGAUUGUUGUUCCAGAAGAGGAUAGAGGUGAUGAUGAAGAGGGAGGCUGGGAAAUGGAGGAUCUAGAAAUUCCGGCUGAUGCGCAUGCACCUGAGGUUUCAUUUGAGGCUGCCUAUUUUGUUACUCCCUCCGCAGGAGUUCAAAAAAGUCAAAACUGGAUUCAGAGCUCUUCUCUCGCUGGAGAACAUGCAGCUGCUGGCUCUUUCGAUUCAGCAAUGAGAUUGCUGAGUCGCCAGCUUGGAAUCCAUAACUUUAAACCUUUGAAGAAUAUUUUCUUGGAACUUCAUCUUGCGAGUCAGGCUCUUCUACCAACUCUAGUAUCUGUACCAGAGCUACCUUUGUUUUUGGAGCGAGGGUGGACUGACAGCACACCAAUCAAUGCGAAGGGAUCUCCUGCAAUUUUGACGAAGCUUUCCUCCCUUGAAGGGAAGCUCAAGGUUGCAUACAAGACGACUACAGAGGGCAAAUUCACCGAGGCGCUUCGACUCUUCCUUGAUAUUCUGCACACGAUACCUGUUGUGGUGGUCGAUUCUCGCAAAGAAGUGGACGAGGUGAAAGAGCUUCUUGGGAUUGCUAAGGAGUAUACUCUGGCACUCAAGAUCGAACUCAAGAGGAAAGAACCUGCUUUGAAAGAUGAUUUGAAGUCCCAAUCCGAACUUGCUGCCUACUUUACUCAUUGUCAGAUGCAACCCACCCAUUUGAAGUUGAGUCUGCAGUCAGCUAUGUCAAUUUGUUUCAAAGCCAAGAACUACAACACCGCCGCAUCCAUUGCACGAAGACUCCUAGAGUUAAACUUGUCUCCAGCUGUAGCAAGCAAGACUCGCCAGGUCUUGCAAGUGUGUGAGAAAAACCCAAGAAAUGAGAUGGAGCUCAACUAUGAUCCUCGCAAUCCUUUUGUGGUCUGUGGGGCUACGUACACUCCAAUCUAUCGUGGCAGCAGGGAUGUUUCAUGUCCUUACUGCAAAGCACGUUUUGUUCCCGAGACCGCAAACAGUUUGUGUCCAGUUUGCGAUCUUGCUGUGGUCGGGGCUGAUGCUUCAGGCCUACUUUGCUCUCCUUCACAAAUGCGGUAACUUCAAAGCCUUCAGCAAGAAGUAGCUGAAAAAUCUAGAGGUUAGUGCCUCAGUUGGGUCCGUAGGAGUGCUUUGAAAACAGUUUUGAAGAAGCCAAAUGAUCAGUAGUGGUCAUUGAAUGCCCAACGAGGGUGGUUAAUAUGUUUCGCUUAGACAUUUUGAUUCAUUGUACGUUAUGUACACAGUAUAAAUUCAUCUAUUUUCAACAGUUUUCUGGCAGAUA